AUAACAUUUUUACCUAUUAUAUUUCUAUACUUUAAUCUUCAAAUUUUUAAUCUGCGGAAGAGUUAAAAGCUAAUAGUUAUAUAUAUUUUUAAUUAUUAUUCUCGGUUUCUAUAGAAAAUAAUGUCAGAUCAUUUUAAUGCACAAGACAUAAUAGAAUGUUCUGAUGAUGAAAAUUAUGGUUUUAAACAAAAUCAGAUGAAUGAAUGUUAUCCUGAACCAUCUGAAAUUUAUUCAUUGUACAAAGCCUUGGAGUCAGCUAAUGUUACAUCUUUAAAACUUGAAUGGACUUGUCCUGGACGAAGAGAAUUAACACCUGACGAUAGUCAAGUAUCUCAGAGUACUACUAAUGAACUUUGUGAUAUUGCAGAGUCAUUAGAUCAAUCUGAUUUUGAUUUUCAAGAAGACAUAUCACAUAUGAAUUUAAAUCGUAUGGAUGGCAAAAAAGAAUUAAAAGGAAGUGCUAAGAAGAAAACUACUAGUUUAGAUGCAGUUUUAUCAAAUAUGGCUAGACAUCAAAAAUUAGACAAUAUGCUUGAUGAAAAAUUUGAUUCAUUAUAAAACAUAAUUUUUUGAGGUAAA